GUCAUUUAUGUUGAUUUGUCAUUCUAGCGCACUCUGAAAACUGAAAUGGAGGGAAAAGUAUCAAAUGUAGACAUUUGUAAUUUAGCUUACACCGGAAAAUUUGAAGAACUUAGAAAAUGUAUUUUGUCUGACAGAUCGCUUGCUACUAAAACAGACCAGGACUGCAGGACUGCUCUGCACUGGUCCUGUUCCGCUGGACAUGUGGAAAUUGUGCAGUUUUUGUUGGAGCUUGGAGUUGAUGUGGACCCCAAAGAUGAUACAUGUUGGACUCCUCUUCAUAUAGCAUCAUCUGCUGGAAGAGAAGAAAUUGUCAGAUCCUUAAUAUCCAGAGGAGCACAGCUGAACUCUGUGAACCAAAAUGGUUGUACCCCGCUACACUAUGCAGCGUCGAAAAACCAUUAUGAGAUAGCCCAAAUUUUGCUGGAAAAUGGUGCAGAUCCUAAUGCAACAGAUAAGUUGCAAUCCACACCACUACACAGAGCAUCCACCAAGGGCAACUACCAGCUCAUUCAGCUUCUUUUAAAACAGAAUGCUUCUACCAACAUUCAAGACUCUGAAGGAAAUACACCACUUCACCUGGCAUGUGAUGAGGAGCGAACAGAGGCGGCAAAACUGCUUGUGGAACAUGGUGCCAGUAUCUAUAUUGAGAAUAAGGAGAAGAAGACGCCUCUACAAGUAGCUAAAGGUGGCUUGGGAAAUAUGUUGAAACGAAUUGUAGAGGGCUGAUGGACCUUUGGCCGAGAUGGAACGAUGCACUUGCAGCUUUUAAAUAAGCUGCUAUUCAAGUCUGAUGAAUCCUCAGCUGAGAAAGAAACUUUGAAAGAAAAACAAUGAAGCAAAGCAUCUUCUUUUUGGUGCAAAUUAUUUUAGACGCUUGGUAAAGAGAAAAAUUAUGCUUUAGUGAGUGUUCCUUUCUUUGGCUAAUGUUUUUUACUUUUUUUCUCGUUAUACUUUGUUGUUAUUUAGUUUAAUCAUGAUUCAUUUAUUUCAGUUACACUUAAACUGGGUUUCUCACAGUCUUGUCAGUUCUUGUAGUUGUGUUCCGCUGUCACAAGGAAAUCUUUCAUCCUGUUGUUUAAAUUAAACAAGGAAAAUCAAUUAAGCUGUGUCCCAAAUGACAUACUAUACACUAUGUACUCAACCAUCUAGUAUAUGAAUUUCAGAAGAGUAGUAUCGUCCCAAAUGGAAUACGAAACGGUUUUACACUAACUGGAAUUAAAUCGAUUUCCCAAACGAGCGCCAAUGACGUCACAUGAGCGCCUCAAUGCGUGUGAAUAAAAAUAUACUUCUGCAUUGUU